AUGAGCGGUCUAGGUAUUGGCAAAAGUGUAUCAGCAGAAGGAAAGAAGAAAUAUUCAAGAUCUGCAAAAGCUGGUCUCCAAUUUCCAGUCGCGCGUAUUGGUCGUUAUCUUCGAGAUGGAAACUAUGCACCACGUACUGGUGCUAGUGCACCCGUCUAUCUUGCUGCAGUUAUUGAAUAUUUGGUAGCUGAAAUAUUAGAACUUGCUGGUAAUGCCGCUCGUGAUAACAAGAAAGCAAGAAUUGUUCCUCGCCAUCUUCAAUUGGCCAUUCGUAACGAUGAAGAAUUGGACAAAUUACUUGGAAACGUCACUAUUGUUCAAGGAGGUGUCUUACCUAACAUUCAUGAAAGCUUGUUACCAAAGAAAACCACGAAAAGUAAAGGUGAGUUUGUAAGAAUAAUUUUUUUUUUUAUUUUGAAAAAGUUGAACUAA